UCACAUAGUGCUCUGUUUAUGUUUUUAAAAAGCGAUUACGUAUUGGUAUCGUGAGGCUUGCAAACCUUAAUUCACCGAGUGUAUCUUUCUGGUAUCGAGGAAUAGCAUCUUCAAAAUUAUAUUUAUAUCCAAAGUGUAAAUUACUCAGGGGGGAAAAAUGGAUGCAAAGGUUUUUGAUGGAAACUUCUCUGAAUGUUUAAAAAGUCUUCUGGAAGUUGGUGACAGCAAGGCAUAUAUUCAGACGCUGAAAAAGGCAUUAGCUGAGAUUAAGACAGAUGAAAAACAUCUGAGCGACCCUGUAGUUUGUGAAUUCAUUACCAGCAUCUACUUCAAAUGUAAGCAGAAAAAUCCUGUUAGACGUGUUUUGAUAAGCUAUAUUGAGAGCCUUACAAGCACUAAUAAAUCAACACUGAAAGGUUGUCUCCAGCACCAGUUACUUCAACAGCUGGACCUGCCAAAUAGCGACAUGAGCAAUAUUUCUCUUCUCAGAUGUAGAGUCGACACAAUCUCUGCUCUGAUGGACAAUUUCCCGACAGGUGAAGAAUGUCUUGGAUCUGUAGCUCUUAGAGUUUUACAGUUUUUGGCACACAGUCUCUCCAGCAUUCUACACAUUUACAGUGAAACAUUAUCCCCAGUACAGAUGAACGAAAUAAUGCACCACUGCCUGGUUACCAUCCAGUCAUCAAAUCGCCUUCUGCAGAAGUAUGUUGCUAUGACAACAAAGACAUGUAGUGAGCAGGAAAGUCACGAGUUGCAUGAAAUGAUCAUGCAGUAUUUGGAGAGUGAUGUUUUUAUACUUGUGAAAGAUGACUUUUUAACUGAUUGCCGCUGUGGUUGUGCGAUGAACAUUGCAUUGUUGCUGAAAUUAACUGUGGCUGACAAUGUGCCUCACUUGCUUAUGAGUGUGAUGUUCCCACAUAUUAACCCUUCACAUGACUUGGCUCCUUACACUCUUCCUGACUGGCUGGCUGUCGGUGACAUCACCAAAUUAGAAGUUGCCAAUCUGUCACUGGUUUCACAACUGUGUUUGAUAUUCGGUUUCAUUGCUAAAUUGGACCUGCCAGAAUUAAUGGUGGAAAUUACUCCAGGAAAGCCAAACCUGAUUUCUGUUUUCCUAGACCAGCUUUUGACAUUCAGCAAAAGGUGUUCAGAUACAUCUAGCAAAGUACUGCUGGCCAAGACGAUGGCUCUAUGGACUAGCAGAAUGUGUACAGGAUUGGAAUGUAAGUGUGUUCCUUGCCACUUACAUCGCUCACUCUCUGGCAAGGGCUCCAUCGUUAAAGAGAUCCUGCAGUAUAUCUGGACAGCCUGGGAUGAUCAGAUUGAUGUAAUUCGGCAGAAUGCAAAGAAUACUUUUGAAAGUUCCAUCAAGAUCCACAUUUUAGCAUCACAAACAGAUGCCAAGACUGACACAUUUAUCCAGAGUGUAACGAGAGAAUUGCUCAAUGUCAACUGGAGUAACAAAGGCAAAUAUGGAGCGCUUGCCUCCAUGGUCACCAUUCUCACAGUGAGUGGGCUGUUGGAGUUACGGCCCUUGAUUGCCACUGAGUUAAUUGAGCAGCUUAAAGAACAGAUGUCUGCCAGUCAGGCUAGCGAUUUGUACGACCGACUGUGUCGAAGUCAUCAAGCUGAAUGCACGUCACCCAAGACCAGUGAUCCCGACUGUGAGACAAAAUGGCUGACGUUGUGGUGUCAGCCGGUUAUCAGCGCCCUCUGUGGGGACCACAGACCUCAGAAAACUACCAUUAUAGAGUAUGUAUUGCCAAAACUGCUGAAAACCAGCAAGACUGUGUUGCCAUAUAUAAUCAAGCAGCUCACUGUAACAGUGAGUCCAUCCAGAAGUCAGACAUAUGCCUUGAUAACAUGUUUGAGGCGAGCUCGCUGUCUGGGGCAGCUACAUCACUCAGUGGAGAGCUCCGAGUCAGGGGAAACGACUCUCUGGUAUGGGUUGGUCAGAAUAGAUGUUUUGAAGUUUGCUCUCACCUCCGUGGAUGACCAGGUUCGUUUGGAUGCAUUUGCUCUUCUUUGUGAAAACAACAAAACUACUGAACCAAUCAGUGAGCUGGAGUUUGAUUUGGUGCAGUACUUCCUUCCUUUCAAUCUGAACAACCAAUCACCUGCUUUCAGACAACAUUUGCUUUCUUAUGUUCAGAAGCUGUUUCAUAGAUUGAAGGAAAGUUGGCAAACUUUGGCACGACAUGUAAAGAGAGGAGAUGAAACAAAAUGUGAUGAAGCAGCUACUAACAUGGCUGUUUAUCAGGAUUUUCUUCAUUGGCUUAAAGACUUGAUGUUUACAAGUGUACACCUUGGAUCAGCAUUUCCUCGUAGGACAACAUGUUUAGGAGUUCUCUUACUUAUGGUCAACUCUGCACAACAAAUGUCAAAGCUUUGUACAGACCACUUGUUUGUGUGUGUGUAUCAACUUGGAGACAGUCACACACAGAUACUACUAGACUGUCUCAUGGAUACGUUUGAAGAAAACAAAAUGGCUGCAUCUAAAAUAUUGUCUGCUUGCAUGAAACAUGGAUUUGGAUAUCAAACUCAGGUUGAGAGUCUCUUUAAAUCAGCUUUGGAGUUGUCCACCAGCAACAAACCUCAGGAUUGCACCACUGCAGCCUACCUCUUCCAGUAUCUUCUUCAACAGCCUUCCAUCCUCGUUGUCAUGAAAACAUAUGCUUCUUCUUUGACAACCAGGCUCUUUGCUAGGGACGAUCCAGUGAUGGACAGAUGCCCUCCCCUCCUACUGCUCUCUAUUCUGUUAAUGCUGCUUAGAGAGCAACUGUCUGUUGCCAGACGUAGCCUCACUUCAGCUGCCGCUAAUGGACCAAUGUAUCCCACGCUACACUGCAUUAGAUACAUCCUGUCAGAAAUUAACUAUAAAUCUGUAUCUACAGAGUAUCUUGUGUCUUGGAGAGAACUAUUUGACGAUUUGAUCCAUCUAUGUUUAGACCUGUCUAAAGUUGUCUCCCCUGUGGUGCAGGCUUCAUCACCAGAGGGCAACGUGCCUCUUGAUAUUAUCCAGGGUUUGAACCUGGAUGGCAACACUAACGAGACCUCAUCAAAGGAUUCCAGUGAUAAACUUGUGACGUUGAUGCCAGAGUUUCUCGUGGUUUGUUGUUGGAGAACCAUUAAAGAGGUGUCGCUGGUGUUCGGGUACAUCUGUCAGAACGUUCCUGUUGUCGAAUCAUCGCCACAACACGGCGUUAUCAACACACACCAGUUACUUCUGAUCGGUGAUUACUUCAAGAAUCAGCUUCUAGAAUCCAUCCAUCGUGGAGCGUUUGAGUUGGCCUAUGCUGGCUUUGUUCAGAUGUGCGACAUGCUCUGGAGGAGUUCUGUUCAACAACUUCACCAACUUCCCAGUCAGUGGCUCCAGGCAGUUCUGUCAGAUGUCAGGGGAAAUAACUCUACUUUGUGUGCAACCAGACGCAGUGCUGGCGUUCCAUUCUAUGUACAGGCCUUGGUAUCAACCGAGCCGAGCCUGACAGGAAGGACUUGCUUCAAGUCGGCCAUGACAGCUCUUCUGUGCCUGGCUCUGAAAUCAGACGACUGCACUGAUGCACAGGUCCACUCACUGAAUAUUCUGCGAGCGUUAUUCCGAGACACGCGUCUGGGUGAGGAUGUGUCUCCGUACAUUACAGAUGGUUUAACAGCUGCUGUGCUUGGCUUCAAGUCAAAGAAUUGGGCGGUCCGCAAUUCCUCCACCCUUCUGUUAAGUGCUCUGAUGACGCGAGUGUUCGGUGUCAAGAGAAGCAAGGAUGAAAGUUCAAUUUCCAAGAAAAACUGUCAGACUGGUCGAGCUUUUUUUCACCGGUAUCCAGCACUGUAUCAGUUUCUAUUGCAGGAGCUCACGGAGGCCACACAAAAUAUUGAUUGCUCAGAGCAUAAUGAGCUUCAUCCAAGUCUCUAUCCAGUUCUUAUGGUUCUUGGUCGACUUUUUCCUUCAUCACUAGAGGGUGCCGACACCAACCUCAAUCUGGCAGCAUUCAUACCUUAUAUUAUCAAGUGUGCGUCAAGUCCUGUGUACAAGACAAGAAUGAUGGCUGCCAAAGCUUUGCAGCCAUUGGUCCAAAAAGAUCAGCUGAUUUGUGUCAUCCUCCAAUUAAUAAGGCAGCUUCCAACAUCAUCAGCCAAUCAGAUCAAACAGAGUUGUGUCCAUGGUUAUCUCCUCCAGAUUGAGCUUCUACUGGUGAUUGUUCGUAAUUCUCAGAGUGACUUUCUUCAAGAGCACACUCUACACACAGUGACCAGUGCCUGGAUGAGGUGUCUCUGGCUGGUUUCCAGGGCCAACACCUGUCUUGUGACGAGGAAGUCUGGAUUUGACAUCUGUGACCUGCUGCUGUCUUUAGGAUCGACUGAACACCCAGGAACCGAUUCACUUCAUCAGGCUGUGGUGGACACACUCCGUUUAGAAGUGAGCUGGGAGCCAAUCGACACACCACAACCAUUUGUAGAGGAGUUCAUGACAACUGUGGCACACCUUUGUCUCAAAUAUAUUGUGAUCUUGUCUUCAACUGAGAGAAAUAUAGAAGGUCAGUUACAGGAUGAUUGCAUAAAAGAAAGUCGGCUACCAGAGGAUGAAGAAAAAUCUCAGCUACGAGGAGAUGAUUUAAAAGACGAUCCUCAGGUUUUAGAACAUUCUCCACAAAAACAGAUGGAAAAUUUGAUUUUAACAUUACUCAGCUCCAAACUGUACGAAGUGAGGCUGGCAGUUCUGACCACCUUAAACAAUCACUUUUCUCAUGAGUCUGUGAAAGAGGAACAAGAUCACGACACUUCGCGACAUUAUUUCUUCAACCCUGCUAUUGUCAGAUGUUGUCAGACCAAGCAAGUUUUUGAAAAGCUCCUGACGAUGGCUCUGCAUACAGAAUGGCACCACGCCUGUCUUGCACUGGUAUUUGAAACUUUAAAGACUUAUCCAUCCAUUCAUAGUUUGAUUAAACACAGUGAUAUUAAGGAAAUAUUCAGACUGCUACUGCAAAGACUUAUGAAUGAACAGAGAUCGGAGGUAAAAUCAUCCAUCAUCGACUUCUCGGGAGUUGCGCUGUCUGCAGUCUACUCGCACCUGACGCAGGUGAGAAGCUGUGAGUUAUACCGGUAUCUCACCGAGUGGUGUCGGUGUAUCUCACGAUACAGUCAGUCCGAUCACAGUUGUCACGUACAGACGAGCUGUGCUAAAGCCAUCCAAGAUAACGCGGUCAGCCUUCUUGUUGAUCCUAACAAUGUACUGGACUGUCUGACAUUUGACGUGUGGGAAGUCGUCGUCAGCCUGCUGCAGGAAGAUGAUCUGGAAGUGAAAGAUGUGACGUCUGCCAUUGUCCUAGUCCUGGACGGCCGGUCACACCUGACAGACGUACAGCCUACGCUGGUUUUGAAACUCCUGUUAGCCAAGAUGGUGGACAUCCAUGGAGGCAGAAACAAAGUGGGUUGCAUGAGUACACUGAUAACAUGGAUUAAGAAGAGCGAUUCUGCUUGUGAGCACCAGGAGGAGAGGCUGUUUGACCGAGGGGAAAUCAACACAUACAGAGAAGAUGUUCUCUUUGUACAGCUGGUCGCAAAGCAGCUCGAGAAGGUGACUCAGCAAGCUUUCUGUUGUGAUGGUCAUUUCACUGGAAAGUCUUCUAGUGAUGCUAGUCAAAGUAAGGAUAAUGAAAAAAGUGCAGAUCAGAAAUCAGAAGAUGAAUCCGUCAGGAAGUCUUCUGGAGAUACAAGUCAAAUGGAGGUUAAAGGCAAAAGUACAGAUCAGAAAUUGGUGGACAAUUUUACCAGUAUGUAUUCUGGAGAUACAAGUCAAAGGGAAGACAAAGGAAUAAAAAUAAAACAUGAAUCAGUGGAUCAUUCUAUGAGGAAAUCAUCUGUAGAGGCAGCUCAAACAGGUGAUACUGUAAAACAAGCAGUUACGGAACCGGAUGAUUCGUGUAUUGAAGCCUUGUUUUGUGAUCUGCUGGAGUAUUUCUGUGUCAAGGUAAAUGACUUGGAUGUAAUCAGUCCUGUGUCACCUUUCACAGACUCUGCUGUGUUUGAAUCCAGUCUAAAGACCCUUCUGAUAGCAGCCACUGUUGUGAAAUGUACAAGACACAUAUCCAAGUCUGGAACCCUCCAAUCUCUUCACGACCAACUCCAGCAGGCUGUAAACUCCAGGUGUGACCCAUCCCAUACAUUCCUAGAUGGCUGCUUAUAAUGUUGAAUGUGUUAACAGCUACAUUAUCAUAACACUGUAAAUCAUUGCAAAACCAUUGUGAUCUUAAUAAAAUCUAUAUGAUUUUAUGGCCUCUCAUUUGUUUAUAUUAAUUGUUAAGUUUAUGUCACUUGAACUGAACAUCUUCAUAUAAUACUACAUGAUUCCAACACCAACUCAUUUUUAAAAUUCUCUUCAAAUGGUUUUCAUUAUCUUUUUAACAAAAACAAUCAUAGAUUUUAAUUAUGUACCAGAAGUGUUUAAUUUCUGUCACUAGACUAACCAUAUUAGGACCACCGAUUCUAAAAAUGUACACUGGUGACUCAAACAUGCUCUCUUUUUGUCUUUUUUUGUCAGGUGUUUCAAAAUGAAAGCCCAUUUUACAUGUACAUCACAUUAUAAAUUUCCAAAGAAAAUAAAAGAUUUUACUGGU